GUGAUUCGGGACUGUGGGUUGUGUUAAGAUUAUCGGGACCGCGGGACCAUUGGGCUUUGUUUCUUACAGAUGAAUUCCUUCAGAUGCUUCCUUUUAUUUCCCCAAACUGAACAUUUUUGUGCUUUUGGAAAAAAAGAAUCCUGAAAGUCUUUGUGCUAAUUUUAUUGGGGAAUAUGGACCGACUUUUAAGGCUUGGAGGAGGGAUGCCUGGACUUGGCCAGGGCCCUCCCACUGAUGCUCCUGCAGUGGAUACUGCCGAACAGGUUUAUAUCUCCUCCCUGGCUUUGCUUAAGAUGCUAAAACACGGGCGAGCUGGUGUCCCAAUGGAAGUCAUGGGACUGAUGCUGGGAGAGUUUGUGGAUGAUUACACAGUCAGGGUCAUUGAUGUUUUUGCUAUGCCGCAGUCUGGAACUGGUGUUAGUGUGGAGGCUGUGGAUCCCGUUUUCCAGGCUAAAAUGUUGGAUAUGUUAAAACAGACUGGAAGGCCUGAAAUGGUAGUCGGUUGGUAUCACAGCCACCCUGGCUUUGGCUGCUGGCUUUCUGGCGUUGACAUUAAUACCCAGCAGAGCUUUGAAGCCCUUUCGGAAAGAGCAGUAGCAGUAGUAGUGGAUCCUAUCCAGAGCGUUAAAGGAAAGGUUGUUAUUGAUGCUUUCAGACUGAUUAAUGCUAACAUGAUGGUCUUAGGACACGAACCAAGGCAAACCACUUCAAAUCUUGGGCAUUUAAACAAGCCAUCUAUACAGGCUCUUAUUCAUGGUCUUAACCGGCAUUACUACUCAAUAACCAUUAAUUACAGAAAAAAUGAACUUGAACAAAAGAUGCUGUUGAAUUUGCAUAAAAAGAGUUGGAUGGAGGGCUUGACGCUUCAGGACUACAGUGAACACUGUAAACUUAAUGAAACUGUUGUAAAGGAGAUGCUGGAGCUGGCGAAAAACUACAAUAAGGCUGUAGAGGAGGAAGAUAAAAUGACACCAGAACAACUUGCAAUAAAAAAUGUUGGAAAACAGGAUCCCAAGCGUCACUUGGAGGAGCAUGUGGAUGUUUUGAUGACCUCAAAUAUUGUUCAGUGUUUAGCAGCUAUGUUGGACACAGUGGUAUUUAAAUAAUGGACUGAGCAUUUCUUUGUGUCUGCUUAUAUUCGUGGGAUACAGCACAUCCUCUGGUCUUCGGGGUGAUCAGUAGUCAAUAUUAGAGGAUGCCUUGUACCUUCACUGAACUCAUGAUAAAGGAGAUCUUUAUUUGCCUUUGUAUUUGAUUUAUCUUAUUACAGUUAAACAAGUUGCUAUCAGGAAAAAAAAAAACCUGUUAAGGAUAAAGAGAAAUAAAUCCAUCUUUGUUUAUAUAA